AUGUCAAUGAUAAAUGGUUCUUCAGAAAGGCUUCUUACGACCCUCACAGGGUCAUCGGUAAAGGAAUCGAGUGAUAUUGGUUCUGCAGAAAAGAAAGAAAAGAAUAUCAUUUUGGAUCAUUUUUGGAGAGAAUAUUACAGUCAACUUGAAAAUCAAGCUAGUACUAUUAAAGAACCUACUAAUAUUUCAACAUACCAAAAAGAUCUAUUUUCUAUGUUAAAAGAAAAGAAAAGUGAAUUUCUUAGUGAAGAACAAUUGAGGAAUUUGGGGGUGAGCUGUAGCGGGUUACCAAUCCGCCACAGCUCUACCUAA